AUGGGAAUCUUUUGUAAAAUAGGCGUUGUGGAAGACAAAAAUGAGUUAACCCCAGGAAGUGUUGUCAGUGGGGCUAUCAAAUACGCUUUUGAUAAAGACACUGUUGUCAAGAGAAUAGUUAUAUCAUUAAAGGGACGUGGCCAUUUAUGUAUUACUAAUCAUUCUGAAACAGGCAGCAGUCAAAGUAGUUCUUCAGAUACGAUGUCGGAACUGUACGUUUCCAUCGAGAAUGUGAUUUUGAAUGAUAUUAGUGGAGAACACCUUGAAAACGGAGAAUAUGAUACACCGUUUAACUUCUUACUACCAGAAAACAUCCCAGGGUCUCUAAAAUAUGAAGAAACUGGUCUUUCUACUGAUAUAGAAUGCAAAAUUGCUUACUUUAUUAGAAUCAAAUUCGAGGUUAUAGGUUUUCUGAAAUUUAACAAAAAAUUCGAAAAAGAAAUAAAUAUUGCCCAUGUUCUGAAGCCGAGGCUGUCAAUGGAACCAGUAACUUAUGGAGCACGGAAUCAGUUUUUCCAGCCAUUCAAAAUCAAAAAAAGUUUUGUCAAUGUGAAAGCGUGCAUAAAGUGCUCUGUGCUCGAGCCUGGUGGCAAAGUAGAGAUCGCUUAUGAAGUUCUGAAUGAUUCUAAUAAAAUAGUUGAAGCUAUUGAAACUAAAUUAGUGACCGUUUACAAAUUCUACUACCACCACGAUGAGAAGAAUUAUUUUAAACCUGAACCUGAAGAGGUGAAGAACACUGAAUCGAAGACAUCAGCAAUAAAAAGUGGUGAAACAUUAGAAUCGUCUUUUGAAAUAGAAAUACCAUUUGAUUUGCAUUGCAUAGGAGAUAAUAAAUUAGUAUCUAGGGAUUAUGCUGUGGCUAUAAUAGCUCACCUACCGAUGCCUCAUAUUAACGUGCGGCUUGAAAUACCGAUACAGGUGGGCAAGACAUCUGUAGUACACCCUGUAUCAAAUAUUGACGGCAGCCCCGUAGAAUAUGAUUCACCACCGUCCUAUUGGGAAGCAAUGAACGUUGCAAAUGAAAAGGGUGUUUCGUCUGACAACAGAUUCUUUGGCGAUGCCAAAAAGUGA